AUCAUAUAUACAUAUAUAUCGAUAAAUUACAUUUAAAAGUACACUACUGUCCUAUAUAUAAUGUCCGCGGAAAUCGAGGAUUUGCUGAAACGCUAUCAAAACUACCCCAAUGUUUCUGGCAUAAUUAUUUUGGACCCGUUCGCUAUACCAAUCAAGACCACCAUGGAGUACACCUUGACCGUGCAUUACGCGGCCUUGAUCAGCACCUUAACUUAUAAGGCGGCCAAAAUGAUUACCAAUUUGGAUGCCAGCAAUGAGCUGGUGACAAUACGUCUGCGCACCAAGGUUCACGAGGUGAUUGUGCUGCCCUCCGAGAACUACAUCAUUAUUGUAGUGCAAAAUCCAGGCACCUAAAUCAUUGUAUUAAGCCAUGUAAUAUUCUUUUUCGCUGAAUGUAUUUGCCCUUAUAUAGUUUUAAUUAAAGUUGAGAAAGCGUCUGGUCC